UCUCCGCCUCCAAGGCGUUCGCCGCCCACGUGGGGGGCUGCCUGGCCCACCGGCCCGGGAGUGCUGUUUGCCAAGCUGACUGCCCUGCGGGGCACUUUUUUUCGGAACAACUUUCAACCCCGUCACAUCCGCUGGGAACUUACUUGGCGAGUGUCUGGAAAAGACGACGGCGCGCCGCGCAGUGGUGAGCAAAGUUCUGAGACGCUUUUCCUCCGAGAAGAAACUUUCUCUAGGCGGUCAAGGUAGUUCCUCGCAGGACCGACAUGCGGGAAGGAGCGCCAUGAAGCUGGGCCAUCCAGGCUCUAUCCUUUCCUCCCACAGCCGCGGCGGCCGCCCUAAGAAGCAGCGCAGGGGCAGGCAGCGGCUCCCUCCUUUCUAAUUGCCUCGGGUUGCGGCGACGGAAUGUCGCGGCCGGCCGGCUGUCUCAUGCUGCUGCUCCUGGUGGCUGUGGCCGAGCGCGGCCGGGCUCGCUUCGCCUUCCGCCUCCAAGUGUCUUCUCCGGUGACCCCCGACGGCACCCUGGUCCCCACGCCGGUGGUGCUCAAGUCGCGGAGCAGCGGCGGAACCGGCAGCCAGCCGGCGCUCCAAGAAGCCUCGGGCUUGGCCUUAGCCUCGGAUCCCAGCGGCUCUCUCAACUUUCUGGCGAUGGUGGACAAUCUGCAGGGAGACGCCGGACGUGGUUACUAUAUCGAGCUGCUCCUCGGCACCCCGCCGCAGAAGCUAAAUAUUCUAGUUGACACAGGAAGCAGCAAUUUUGCAGUUGCGGAUGCAUCAAAUACAGAUCUGACCUCAUAUUUCAACACAGAAAAGUCAAGCACAUAUAAAUCACUGGAUGUUGAGGUGACUGUUAAAUAUACCCAAGGAAGUUGGAUUGGAAUGCUUGGAACAGAUGUUAUUAGAAUGCCUAAAGGAAUAAAUGGCACUUAUGUCAUCAACAUUGCGACCAUUUUUCAAUCUGAAAAUUUCUUUUUAAAAGGCAUUCAGUGGCAAGGGAUCCUUGGUUUGGCAUAUAGUACAUUGGCUAAGCCUUCAAGUUCUACGGAGACUUUUUUUGAUUCUAUUGUGAAUCAAGCCAAGAUCCCCAAUGUUUUUUCCCUGCAGAUGUGUGGAGCUAGUUUGCCUGUUUCUGGAACUGGUACUAAUGGAGGUAGUCUUGUAUUAGGUGGAAUGGAACCAAGCCUGUACAAGGAAAAAAUUUGGUAUACACCUAUUAAGAAAGAGUGGUAUUAUCAAGUUGAAAUACUCAAAUUUGAAGUUGGAGGCAAUAAUCUUAACUUGGACUGCAAAGAGUACAAUUCAGACAAAGCAAUUGUAGACAGUGGCACAACUCUCUUGCGGCUGCCAGAAAAGGUCUUCGGUGCUGUUGUAGGAGCCAUUAUACAGACCUCUUUGAUCCAAGAAUUCACAUCUGGGUUUUGGAGUGGCACUCAGCUCGCUUGCUGGGAUAAAAGUGAAUAUCCUUGGACUCUCUUUCCUAAGAUCUCAAUCUAUCUGAGAGAUGAAAAUGCUAGCCAAUCAUUUCGAAUCACUAUCCUUCCACAGCUUUACAUUCAGCCUGUUCUAGAGAUUGGGCAGAAUCUAGCCUGCUAUCGGUUUGGUAUCUCUUCUUCAUCCAGUGCCUUGGUUAUUGGGGCCACAGUGAUGGAAGGAUUCUAUGUCAUCUUUGAUAGAGCCCAGAAGAGAGUGGGAUUUGCAUUAAGUACUUGUGCUGAAAUGCAUGGUUCUCCAGUAUCUGAGAUUGAAGGCCCUUUCACCACUGCAGAUGUAGCAAGCACUUGUGUAUCAACAAUAUCCCUCAAUGAACCAAUCUUGUGGAUUGUGUCUUACGCUCUUAUGAGUUUCUGCGGACUUGUACUUCUCAUACUCAUUAUCUUGCUGCUUCUUCCACAGUGUCAUCAUCGUUAUGCUGACAGCGACACUGUAAACGACGAAUCGUCCUUAGUACGGCAUAGGUGGAAAUGAAGAAUUUGAUCAAAUCGCAAGGAAUCCUCCUUGCAUUCUGAUACGGAAAUGAAAGAUGAUUAUUUCUGUUUUCUUCACCCUGAUAUUCUUCAGAUGGGUUGGGACUACAGCCCAGUGCCUCUAAAUCAGCAUGGUUAUAUUAGCUGAGAAUUACAGGAGAUGUAGUUGAAUGCAUCUGCAGGGCACAAGAUUAAGGUAUUUUAGCCAAAGGUGAAAGCCAGGCUUCACUUUAUAAGAAGUGAUGCAGUUAAUCGCCAAAUCAUCUCCAAUUCCCCUGUAACAUAAAAUUAAUUCUUUAACAAUGAAUUAUUUUUAGCCAUGUUAAUAUAUAACCAUUUCAAAUGGUAGUCUGUUGUUUGCUUGGCAUACAGUUGAGCCAAGUAAUACACUUUUUUUAAAAAAAAGCUAAAACUUUAUUUCAUAGUUCCAAAAAGUCUGUCAUCUCCACAAAACAAAAACAUGAAAAGUACUCUUUUGAUAAGCCAUUGCUCAGACUUGCCAUAAAGAACAGAAAUAUUUCUUGUUUUUUGAUUAAUCUCUCUUUUUUAAUUAAAAUAUCUGUUCCUGGUGGACCAUAUCUUCAUCAGUAGUUGGCAGAAAGGGAGAUCAAUCAUUAAGCAGGAAGAAAGCAAGGCAGACUUUAAAAAAGUGUUUUCCCCCUCUUUUAAAUAGAGCAUCUGUUCCUUUCAAUGAUCUACUCUGUGUUUCUUAGAAAAGAUGAAGCAGGGGAAAACACAGAAACCAAACUCACUGUGCAACUUUAAUAUGGAACAAGACUGCCUCUUUACAGGGAUUCAGUUCACCAGUAAGAUGUAGGUAGAUCUGCUAGACAUAGAUGCAGAUCCCUUUCCAACCACAUACAGCACAAUUGGAAUAGCCCUUUAAAGCUUUUCUCUCCCCCCUCCCAGCUCCAGUUCAUCACAUUUUAACAUUUACAACUUUACCACCCACACAAGUGUCCUGGUUUUUCUGAAUGCAUGCAUAAAUGAUCUUAGAAAGGGUUCUUUGAGCCUUUGUACACAUACCCUGCAAAAACAGCGUGGAUAAAAAGCGAAGUGUCUCUCUCUCUCUCUCUUUUUUUGCAUCUUGUGGAGGUGCUAAUGACUAGAAAUCAAACUAGCAACAAUGCAAUUUAACUGGAUUUCUUCAGUUAAAUGACUCACUCAACUGUAACCUAGGCUGGGAAAGAUGAAGACCCUUUCCAUGAAUGAUCAGACAAUUAAUUAGUUUACCUAACAAUGGUAAUUUUUAUUGACCACCAUUUCAGCACAUAGCAAAUACAAUGCUAGCAAGAACUUAUUCAAAUAUUUUUGCCUACGUUAACACUCCUUUGUCUUUGCAUUGUUAUAUGCACCUGUGCCAAUAGGCCUUCACAGUACAUGAACAUGCAUUUAAAACAAUGCGUAUGAGUGGGAUUCUUAACUAAAAAACUGUCACACUAGAAACUUACUGAGGUCAGUAGUGUUUAUCAUUUCUCCAAAUUCUUUUCCUUGUUCAUGAAGAAACCAGUUUUGCAAAAGUUGACUAUUUUUACUGCAAAGAAGUACAAUUAAUUUUUGUUCCUCAAAAUAGUGAUUAUGGCAAAAACAAACAAGAUUCAUAAUACAAUCAUAUUAUGAUCAAAAUCAGAAUAAUUUAUUCAGUUCUUCUGUAAUUACUUUAAAA